GACCUGAGCGCGUGCUACUGGGGUGAGCAUCUGGCGCGCGUCUCCGUCACUCUCCUCAUCUCGAGCGCUCGCGCCCGCGGUGCUGGAGGAUGCGUUGCCGCGGAACGGUCUCGCGCUCCGCCGCUCCAGCUCUCCGUCCUCCGUCACAGAAGCCGACAGAAUAACCGCACAAGCCGCAACCACGGGACGAUGUGAGGCGCAGCGGAGGCCACUUCCAUUUUAUUUGACUUCGCGGCGUCGCGUGUGGGUUUGUUCCCGGUGAAAAUGGCGACGGGGGCAGGCUGGCAGCCUCCGUACAACACCUCGACUAGCAGCACCAAAUAUCCCCCCUGCACAACCUCCAGCAUGCUCUACGACGGGAGCCUAACGCUGGAAUACACUCAAGACCUGCAUUUGAAGAUGAGCAAGAAGAUAGCACAGCUGACCAAGGUAAUUUAUGCUCUCAACACCAAGAACGAUGAGCACGAAGAAGAAAUCGAGUCCCUGAAAGAAGCUCACGAGGACGAGGUCCAACACAUUGUGACAGAAACCAGAGACAAGAUCAUGCAGUACAAGACUAAAAUGGCGGACGAGGUGGAUCUGAGGCGGCGGCUUGCCAGUCUGGAGGAAUCUGUAGAGCUCCACGAACACAUGAAGAGACAGGCUCUAGCAGAGUUCGAGAUGUACAGACAGAGGAUGGAGGACUCGCAGCUGUGCACAGAGGCCCAGCACACGCAGAGGGUGGUUUCUAUGAGCAGAGAGGUGGAGGAGAUGCGUCGGGAUUUUGAGGAGAAGCUGCGCUCGUUCAGCCAGGCUCAGGCACAGUUUGAGGCUGAGAAGCGGCGAGCGCUGGAGGAGCUGAGGACCACCCACCGCCAGGAGGUGGAGGAGCUCCUCAACAACCAGCGGAACCAAAGCGCCUCCUCCACAGAAGACCAGGAGAAGCUGGCUGAGCUUCAUAGACAAGAGGUGGAGGCAUUGAUGGAGAGGGUGGAGGAGCUAACAAAGGAUAAGGUCCGCCUGGUGGAGGAGUAUGAGGCCAAGCUGGCCAAGGCUCAGGAGUAUUAUGAGAGAGAGCUGGAGGCCAUGAGGAGAACACACCAGCUCACCACUGAGAACCUGCUGGCCUGGAAGAGGACGGAGGUCGAGCUUCGUAAGGAGUUCCAGGCGCAGGAAGUGGCAUUGCAGCGUUCACUGUCCAAGCUGAGGAGUGAGCUUCAGAAAGCUCAGGAGGAGGCCAGAGAGAACCGCGACAAGACCAACAGACUGCAGACGUCACUGGCCAACGCAGAGGGAACCAUCAAGGUGUGUGGGAACCUUCACAAGCAGCUGGAAGAGGCAAUCCAGGACGGAGAGAUCUGGGUGAUGCAGCUAAAGGACACCGAGUAUGAACUAGAGAGCAGCAGGGAACGAGUUCAGCAGCAGGCUACUGAAAUCCUGCACAAAGCCAGUCAGAUCGGCUCCUUGCAGGCAACCCAGAUGGCCCACGAGGCGACCAUCAGGAACUUGGACCAGGAGCAGAGCCGCCUCAAGGAGAAGAUCAGCAGGCUGGAGGAGGAGAGGGAGGUUCUGCUCAGCCAGAGCCAGACCGCCAACGACCAGCACAAACAACAAGUGCUCAAACUGGAACAGUCUCUGCGCGAGGAACACCAGGGCUAUGAGAAGGAGCUCUCCAGGUUGAGAGCGCACUAUGAGGAGGAGACACUUCGCUUCAAGGAGGCACAGGUCAGAGCAUUGGAGGAGCUCGAGGAGAAACACCAGGUGAUGAGAGAGGAAGCCCAGCAAGAGAAAGAGGAGGAGAAGAAACUCCUCAUCACGGUGAGUCCAGUGUGAAGGUUCGGUGUUGAUGUUGAAUCUGACGAAUGGAAACUUUUUGGUCCAAAAAACUGUCCUAAAAUCCUUCACAAGGUUUUCUUAAUUAUUUUCAAGGAUAUCAAACACUAAAUAUGAUACAAAAAAGUAAAAUAUGAGGAGCAAAGUCAUCAUUUCAACACAGACAGUGUGACAGACAGAUGGUAUUGUUGCACAUGUAAGAUGCACACGAGCACAGUCGCAGAAACGUAGCCAUGACACAGUAGGUCUCUUUGUACUUCAUGAUCUUAAUGGGUUUUUAUUAAUUGCCUUUGUUUGUGGUGUCCUCAUUUGGUCAUAACAUGUUUGGUCAAAGUCUUCACAUAUUUUUAAAAGCUGAAAACGACAUUUCCAACAUCCUGAUUUUCUCUGCCUCUGGAUAUAACAAAUUAGGUUCGAGGAACAUUUCACCAUCAAAUUCUGAGUUCGCUGCUACUAAUAAAUUUAAACACUUUGGUAAUAAUAAUGUUGAGAAGAGCCUCUGCAAAUGUUAAAUGAAAGACAUUAAUUCUCUGUAGCUCUGAGCUGAACAUUACCCGCACCAUCAUUUUGAAAAGUCGUAAGAGUUGAGGAGGGUAUGUGGAUGUUUGAGGCGGGAGUACCUCAGCGGUCCUCGGGGCAUAGAAAAAAUACAGAGUAACACAGAACCUUAAACCAUCUGUCACAGAAGUGGACGACUUUUCUCAUCCACAACCCGCUGAGUCAGACAUCGCUGUGGUGGAGGACCGUGAUUGGUCCUGAGCUGUGUCAUCAGUUAGCUAAGCCUAUAAACUGUAACCCAUUGGUUAGCAGCGUCCCGUUGAGACGCCUCGAGCCGUUUCGUCUUGGUGUUUUGAAACCGUUAGUGGAGGUCGGAUCCAUCACACCCCGAUGGUGGGCAUACCCAGCUUUAUGGUCCUUUCCUCUCCAAUGAAGACGGUUAAUUACAAAAUAAAAAUCUUAAAUUGAACUCUGCCACACUUUAAACUAGUGACUGAGACUAUAAAGUCACCAGGAAGGGUUUGGGUUUUUUUUUUCUGCAGCCUUCUUGUUACUAUCAGAAGUCUUCACCUGGAUGAGAUGCAAGAAGGAACAGUGGUUUAAGGCACUUCACAUUAGCUUUACAAUUCAGAAGUUAUGUCCAUCAUUUAUAGAGUGAAUGCUCCAGCUCCAGUAACGGCGGAAGCCAUGGCUCACUCAUUCUUGUCUCCCUCUCGCUAUUGAGGGAGUAUCCUGCCAUCUGCAGUCUGAUAAGUCAGAGCUACACGAGGGUCUGGAGAGUGUCAUGCGGCGGUGCGUCUAUUCCCCUUCAAAUCACUGAAUAAAAUGGCUUUUCAACCAAAUUGAAAAGCCUUAAGUAGAGGGUUUUUUUUAAAGAAAAUUAACACUCGUAUGAAUGAAGAUUAUGCUUCAUAGACUCCAAGUAAAGGGCACAGGCUGGAGGCGGUGGGUUGGCCAUUUCUGAUUAGAUGGUAUUAAAAUCUAAUGCCAUCUAAUCAUUUCUCUGUCUUUGUGUAUUUUUAAUCAGUUUUGAUCAGACUGACUCUGUUACGUCUUUACUCUGCUGGCUGCAUUUCUUUGUGUUGGCACAUGACUGAGAAUUUACAUUUACAUACUGCUGUCUUUGGCCAAACCCACUGUCAGUGUCACUGCAAGGAAAUCACAAACUCAGCAAGUGUUGGUCACUUGGAUUAUUUUAAGAUAUUCAAACUAAAGGAAGAUUGUUUGUUUUGACUUUUUGCUGUGUAACCAUCUUGAUCAUCAUUCUUUAUAAAACGAUAAAGCAUGAAAGAAGCCAUAAAGAUGUUUUCGGGGGGGAUAAAAACAGUAAUUGGAACACAAACAGCCGAAGGUUUCUCUCAGGGUUUAUGUCUCUCACUUUUUUCACAGAAGCAUUUGCAAUUAAUUUCCCUCAGAGCAAAUGGCUUUAGUCAUUAAAAAAAUAUGUAUCUCUAAAAGAAAUGCGCAGCCCCCCUCAUCAUUUAAUUAGGUCAACAUUAAGACUAAAGACAUGAAGCGCUGCAUCUCUCUGUGCCUGUGUUUUCUCCUCUGCGUCUUUCAGUCUGUCGCCCGCUCUCUUUCUUUCUUCUUCAGCUUUUCUUUUUUUUCACUCCUGAUUUGCUCUCCUCUCUUUGACUUCAAAGGGGAGGGGUUACGUGAGGAGAAUACGAACGGCCUUAUUGCCAAAGAAGCAACGACAACUGAUGAGAUUACCCAGGUUAAAUUAAUUUAACCUGAUCCAUUUAAUAUAACAGCAACAACAAGACUGCUGGGCAGACUCAUCUCUUUCUCACUUGUCUCACUUAUUCUGGAUAGCUAAAUAAGCAAAAACAGGCCUUUAUACAAUACAAUACAAUACAGUUUUAUUUAUAUAGCACAUUUAAAAACCCAAAGGCACACCAAAGUGCUUCACAGUAAUAUGGAGAAUCAACAUAAGUCAAUAACAGGGUACAGAUCGGGCACUAGCACAGACAGGAUAGAGGCACUAACAGACCAGGAGAGUUAGAUAAAUACAAAAUCCACUAAGAAGACAAAAACAGCAGUAAAAUUAAUAAUAAAAUAAUAAAUUUAAUAAAAUUUAAUAAAAGAUUUAAAAGUUUAAAAUUUAAAAGAUUUAAAAGGGUAUUAACUGGUCAGGAAAGCCAAGUCAAAUAGAUAUGCUUUCAAUCUUGAUUUAAAGGAUUGGAUAGAGUCCAAGGCUCGAAUAGAAGCAGGGAGGCUAUUCCAAAGGUUGGGUGCAGCUGAAGCAAAGGCACGAUCGCCUCUGGUCUUCAGUCUAAACUUAGGUUGGGCCAGGAGUAAUUGACCUGAUGAUCUUAAUGCACGACAAGGAGUGUACAGAUUGAGGAGGUCAGUGAGGUAGCUGGGCGCAAUGUUAUUCAGGAUUUUAAAAGUGAGUAGCAAGAUUUUAAACUCAAUGCGAUAUUUGAUUGGUAACCAGUGUAGAUCAACAAGA